AUGGUUCAGUGUUUUCCUAUAUAUAACACGAUCUCAACCAACCUUCGUUUUCUUCUUCAUGUUUCUCUCUCUUAUCUUUUUAUACGUUUUCUCUCUCAUCAAAUCAUCAUCAUCAUCGUCACAGCUUCUCCUUCUUCUUCUUCUCUCUCUCUCUCUCUGGUGCAAAAGUACGAACAGUAGCAACCACCACCGUCUCCGAGCCGACUCCGCCGCCACCAUCACCGUCGUCUUGUUCUUCGGCGCCACCGCCGAAUCUCCGAAAUUUUGGUCAAUGGACGUCCAAUCUGUCGAAUUACACAACUCGCGUUGUUAGGGUUUGGAAAGGGUUGUUUUUUUGGUUUUAAAUUUGCGAUUCGGGGAAUAACGUAGGGUUAGGGUUUUUUAUUGGAGAUUGAACAGCUGUGAUUGUUUGAUUUGAUUUUUAGGGUUUGUAAAAAUUUUGGUGAUACGGGGAAGAUAGGUGUGGGUUAGAGGAUAAUGUGUAUACUGUGCGUAAUUCAGAAGUGGUCUCGACGGGUUGCUACCAUGCUUCCAUGGUUAGUAAUUCCAAUGAUUGGCCUGUGGGCCUUGUCUCAACUGUUGCCACCUGCUUUCCGGUUCGAAAUCACGUCGCCGAGGUUGGCUUGUGUGUUCGUGUUGUUGGUUACCUUGUUCUGGUAUGAGAUAUUGAUGCCACAGUUGUCUGCUUGGCGGGUACGAAGGAACGCCCGGCUUAGAGAGAGGAAGAGGUUUGAGGCGAUUGAAAUGCAUAAGCUUCGGAAGACGGCAACACGGAGGUGUAGGAACUGUUUGACACCAUAUCGGGAUCAGAACCCUGGUGGGGGACGGUUUAUGUGUUCCUAUUGUGGGCAUAUUUCAAAGAGACCUGUCUUGGACCUCCCUGUACCCCCUGGAUUGGGGCUCUCAAAUUCUGGGAUUUUGAAGGAUUUGGUUGGCAAAGGUGGGAAGAUAUUAAAUGGGAAGGUGUGGUCUGAUAAUGGUUGGAUUUGCGGUCAAGAUUGGUUAGAGAAUGGUAAUUGGGUCAGUGGGUCUUUUACUGGGAAGUCUAGUAAUUGGCGAAAGAGUGGGGGCGGGUUUUUCAAUGAUGAUACCCAUUGUAUGGCAGAGAAAUCUUAUUCACGGAUUGUUAUUUUUGGCUGUAAGAUAUUGACAACUUUUUUCUUGAGCAUUGGAUGGCUCUGGAGAAAGAUAACUAGGGUUAGUUCAUCUGGAGAUGAUGCUUCAUCAGAUGCAGAACACAAGGCGAUGUUGGCUAAGCGAGGAGAAAAUGGGGUGAAUUAUGAGAGCAGAGGAGAGAAAGCUCGCAGAAAAGCUGAAGAGAAGAGACAGGCCAGGCUAGAGAGGGAGCUAUUGGAGGAGGAGGAGAAAAAGCAGAGGGAGGAGGUUGCAAGAUUGGUGGAGGAACGUAGGAGGCUGAGGGAUGAGAAGAUGGAGGCGGAGAAAGAUCAUGGCAGAGUUUCAAAUGCUGCCAGGGGAAAAGACAGUAAGAAGGAAGCAGAGAAAAAGCGCGAAGAAAGAAGGAAGGAAAAAGACAAAUGGUCUAGUAAAAGCAACUCAGAUGCUGAGGAACUGGAAAAGAGAGCAGGUAAGGAAAGUGAGCGGAAACGGGAGUUUGACAGGAAGAGUGAUACUGAUCGACAGGAAUAUCAUAGAACCAGCACAGAAAGUGCCAAAAAUUAUAGCAUAGAAAUGGCUCAUGGGAUUAAGGGUACUAGUGCAAACAAUUAUAGCCGGGCAAAUGCUGGAACACGAUACCUGGACCGCAUGAGGGGUACUUUUUUAUCUUCAUCUAAAGCAUUUAGUGGAGGCAAUUUAUUUGGAAAGGGUGUUAAUACUUCUGCUACUGUUUCAAGAGAUCAUGUCAACACUUUUGCUAAUAGGAGAGAAUUAGCUCAGCCUGGGAAGGCAAAUAUGAAUGGGGAUGAUAAGACUAUCAACCGUCCUGUGCUCAUUGAACCACAACCAACAGCCCCUAAAAAAUCGUGGCAACAAUUAUUUACCCGCUCAUCAGCUGUUCCUCUAGCCACUAACUCGAAUGUCAUAAGUAGACCAAAUGGGAAGUCCCAAGCAGAAAUUCAAAGCCCUCCCUUUUCUGGUCACUCAUGUUCUGGACAAUCAUAUGAUAACCCCAUUAAUUUUGGACUGCCAUCACCAUUUACUUUAUCUACCUUUCCUUACGUAUCAACAAGUAGUAGUACAGUUCCUCCAUUAACAUCUGAAGUCAUGUUUCCUCGAAUUGGAGAAGCACCUCGUGAUUUUUUACCGGAAGAGUCUGACAUUUUUGAAGAUCCAUGUUAUGUUCCUGACCCAGUAUCUUUGCUUGGGCCAGUUUCAGAGUCAUUGGAUAAUUUUCAGUUAGAUGUUGGCCCUGGAUUUGCAACAGACAUGGGACUGGACAAGCCACGUGCUUUAAAGAACAUGUGUGCAGCUGAAGGGAACAGGCCAUCGCCAAUUGAAUCUCCGUUGUCACGGAUUCGAGUCUUUGACGAAAGGCAUUCUAAUUCUAAUCGAUUUCCAUGUACACCCAAGGUCCAGGAUAUGCAGACUUCGCCGAUGGAUGAUUCAAAUAAUGCAAAUGAGAAGGGAACAUGGCAGAUGUGGAGUACUUCUCCUCUUGGUCAAGAUGGUCUAGGUUUGGUGGGUGGCCCAGGUUUGGUAGGUGGCCCAGCCAAUUGGCUAUUACCUGCAGAACUGAACAGGUCAAACAAGGAGGAUAUGGUGCAUCCUAUGUCUCAAAAGACUAUGGCAUCACUUUUCACAAAAGAUGAUCUAACCCCUUCUGGCACUCAUUCUCCUCAGAAGGUUUUCGUUGGCAAUUGCCAAAAUGGCGGAAUCUUUGCUACUUCUGUUCCUGGUUCUACUGAUGAUCCUUGGUCAUCAAAAACUUUAUUUGGACCAAUGCCAGGCAGUGAAGGCCAUUUCUCUCUUAAGCCACAGGAGGAGACCUCUCAGAAUGAAAUGAUGUAUGGGAGUCCCACUUCAUCUGCAGUUAACCCUCCAUUUGAAUUUUCUCCAGGCAAUUGUUGGGCCAAGAAGGAGUGGGCAGUGCAAGGUUCAGAGGAAGCCAUCGGAAACUCAUUGAUCACGAGGCCUCAUAUUGGUGGUCUGUAUUCCAAUCCAGAUGUGCAGUCACUUUGGUCAUAUGAUUGAUAAAAAGAAAAAGUGAUGAGAGUUAAUGUGGGACUUAAAAAAUACACCUGUUCUGAAGAGGAAAAACAGCCUCUCUUGGAAGAGAGUUUAGAAUACUGGAUCAAUGUAUCUUCCUUCUCUUCUUUAUAAGGGAGAUUUACUUACAAUAGCAUGAUAGGAUUACACGUGGCAUGCAUGCACUAGUAUAUCAGGUAAUAUAGUUAAGCGUCAGUUUUAAUUAUUUUUUUUCUAAACCCCCCCCCC